AUGGGGCUGGUUUGUUCGAAGGGCGCCAAAAAGCCGGGCCAAAUCUCGCCCGUCAACACCGACGCCAACGACAAUGUGGGGCCGGAUAAACAGCCGGUAUGUGCGGGAAAUCUGCGUGCUGAAUUUUCAACUGCACUUUUUCGAAAGUGCGUAGAUUUUUUGCCGCAGCGCACUGUGCGUUUUGACACUUGUUCGCACGGUGCGGGCUUUUCGAACACUGCACAGUGCGUUUUGUCGCUUUUUGCACUGUGCAGGCCUUUUUCAAUUUAUUUUGCACAGUGCAUUUUGCCGCUUUUUGCACCGUGCAAACCUCUUUCAAUUUAUUUUGCACGGUGCAGUUUGUCGCUUGUUGCACUGUGCAAACCUCUUUCAAUUAAUUUUGCACAGUGCAGUUUGUCGCUUUUUGCACCGUGCAGGCCUUUUUCAAUUCAUUUUGCACAGUGCAGUUUGUCGCUUGUUGCACCGUGCAUGCCUUUUUCGAUUUAUUUUGCACGGUGCAGUUUGUCGCUUGUUGCACUGUGCAAACCUCUUUCAAUUAAUUUUGCACAGUGCAGUUUGUCGCUUUUUGCACCGUGCAAACCUUUUUAAAUUUAUUUUGCACGGUGCAUUUUGUCGCUUUUUGCACUGUGCAAACCUUUUCCAAGUUAUUUUGCACAGUACAGUUCGUCGCUUUUUGCACCGUGCAAACCUUUUUAAAUUUAUUUUGCACUGUGCAUUUUGUCGCUUGUUGCACUGUGCAGGCCUUUUUCAAUUUAUUUUGCACUCUGCAUUUUUUCUUCUUGGAUUUUAAAUCUUUCGCACCGUGCAAAUCAGUAUCAAAAAACUUUGCACGGUGCAUUUUGCCGUUUCUGCACCGCAAAACUUUUUCGAUUUACUAUAUCUUGCACAGUGCAUUUUGUCGCUUUCUACACCGUGCAAAACGAUCUCAAGUAAUUUUGCACUGUGCGUUUUGGCACUUUUUCGCACGGUGCGGGCUUUUCGAACAUUGCACAGUGCAGUUAGUCGCUUGUUGCACUGUGCAAGCCUUUUUCAAUUUAUUUUGCACGGUGCAUUUUGCCUUUUCUGCACCGCAAAACUUUUUCGAUUUAUUUUGCACUGUGCAUUUUGUUUUCUUUCGCACGGUGCGGGAUUUUCAAAGAUUUCACUUUUUGCAAUGUGCAAACCAAUUUCAACUCAUUUUGCACAGUGCGUUUUGCCUUUUCUGCACCGUGCAAACCCAUUUCAGUUCACUUGCACAGUGCGUUUUGUCGCUUUAUGCACAGUGCAUUUUGUCGCUUUUCGCACCGUGCAAAGCGAUUUCAAGUAAUUUUGCACAGUGCAUUUUGUUUUCUUUCGCACGGUGUGGGCUUUUCGAACAUUUCACUUUUUGCAAUGUGCAAACCAAUUUCAACUCAUUUUGCACAGUGCAUUUUGCCUUUUCCGCACCGUGCAGACCGUUUUUUAAGUCAAUUUGCACAGUGCGUUUUGCUUCUUUUGCACCGUGAAAACUUUUUUCGAACAUUCUGCACGGUGCAUUUUGAUGCUUUUUUGCACCGUGCCAAACGAUUUCAAGAAAUUUUACACAGUGCAUUUUACUAUUUCUUUUGCACCGUGCAGAUCCUUUCUAAUAAUAAUUCUGCACAGUGCAUUUUGUCGCUUUUUGCACCGUGUAUUUUAAACCUUUUGCACCGUGCAAAUCAAUAUCAAGGAAUUUUGCACAGUGCAUUUUGUUUUUUUGCACGGUGCGGACUUUUCGAACAUUUCACUUUUUGCACCGUGCAAACCCUUUACAAAUCAAUUUGCACCGUGCAUUUUGCCUUUUCUGCACUAUGCAAACCUUUUUCGAACUUUUUGGACUGUGCAUUUUAUCUUUUUUUUUUGCACCGUGCAGACCCUUUUCAAGUACUGUGCAUUUUCACUCACCAAUCGCUUCAGAAAAGUCGCAGCGACAUGGAAAACGGGUUUUGUCGCGCAAUAUUUUGGUCUUGCACAGUGCAAAACGGCUCUUUCUUGCACAGUGCAACCCGCUUUUUCAAGUUUGCACUGUGCAAAAAAGAGCAAAAUGCACGGUGCGGUAGAGAAAAAAUGAUGCACUGUGCGUCGUGGCACAAAGUCUACGCAAUUUGAAAAAGCGAAGUAAUCAGAAAGAAGCUCGAAAAAAGACCUUUUUUCAACUCACCACUUUCUCAAUUUCAGCUAAAAGACCCCGAAAAUGGUCAGCAAAACGAUGAGGACAAGGAGAAUCAGGAGCGGCCCGCGUCUCGGAGCAAAAGCCCGGCUCCGCAGAAUGAGAUCCGGAAUGCGGCUGGGGGAGGAAAUACAAAUCAAGAAGCAGACGGUGGAGGGAAUGCGGUGGCCGCAAAAGCCAUCAAAAUUGGAUUUUUAGGUGACAUAUUCUGCUAUUAGCAUCUUCAUAAAGUGCAUGGACAUUUGUGGAGGCCUGCAUGGCGCAAGAAUGGCGAUUUUUUGCACCGUGCAUUCACUUUUUUUGGUUACGCGCGUUGGCGACAAGCGUGGGAAAGAAUUCAAGAUGCACUGUGCAAAAGGGAAAGAAUGUCCAUGGACUUUAUGAAAAUCCGUUCGCAAAGUCGCUGAAGUGCUUGCAACAUGCACUGUGCGAAAACAAAAAGUUCCCUUUGCAAUGUGCAAUUUUUUGAUUUUUGCACCGUGCAAUAAGUUUUUUGGACUGUCGCUCGCACCCUGACCUUUUCUGCACAGUGCAAACUUCCGAAAUGAUUUCGGCGACACGCACUGCGCGACCACCCAAAAAUUCCCUUUGCACUGUGCAUUUUUACGCUUUUCGCAUGCUUUUUUGCACCGUGCAAUAAGCUUUUUUUGGGCUGUCGCUCGCAUCCUCACUUUUUUUUGCACAGUGCAAGCUUCGAAAAUGAUUUCGGCGACAUGCACUGUGCGAAAACAAAAUCUCCUUUUGCACUGUGCAAUUUUUUUGGUUUCUGCACAGUGCAAUAGGCGUGUUUGGGCUGCCGCUCGCACCCUGGCUUUUCUUGCACAGUGCAAAGGAUAAAAAUCACUCCAGCGACCUUCCGAACGGAUGAAAACCUUUUUUAUUUUUUUUUGCUUUCAGGCACCUGCGAGUCCGGAAAAAGUACAAUUUGUCAGCAAGCAAGGUGAGGAUUGGUUCAAAAUACGAAUUAAAUAGCAAAUCGGAAAUUUUUUAGUAAUUUUUAGUAUUUCAAAUCAUCGCUGCGAGGUCUAUCAGGCUGUUGGGAAAGUAAUGAGCACUCUGUCGCAUAAAAAAUACUAAAAAAUGAAUUGUGUCGAAGAAAUCAAACAGCGUUUCAGUUCAUCGGCGCAGUGACAUUGUGCUCAUUAUUUUCCCGACAGACUGAUAAAUUCAGCUUUCAUGACCCGGAAAAUCCUAUUUUCAGGCUUUAGCAAAAGAAAAAUCAUCUUUAAAAUACAUCUUGAAGAAAAAAGAGGUCUUCUGAAAAUCGAAAAUUUUCGUUGCGGGACCUAACUUCUCUCUUUUUCACACAAAAAAAAAUCUUUUUUCAGGCUUCUGGUAAAAGAAACACCGCAUGAAAUGGAGCUGCGACAUCGGCCCGCCUACAUUCGCGACCUCUUGUUCACAGCGAUGCGAUUGCUGCUUGUGCACACUCGAAAAAUUGGCUAUACAAUUCCGGUGGAGUCGCAGGUGAGAGCUCGGGCUUUUUGCUGACAAUUUUUCGACGUUUAGAAGUACGUGGACUUGAUUGAGAACAACGAGGACAGCCCCGGAUUUCUGAUCCGAAAAGAGGAAAAGGAGGCGUUCGAAAAGCUGUGGCAAGAGGAGGUCAUCCAAAAUGCUUACAUCAGAAGAGCUGAAGUCAACAUGAACGACUCCGUUAAAUAGCAAGUUUAUUUUUUACAGUGCCGGAAGAGGAGAGGGUCGCCGGACUGAUUUUUGACGUCUGCACUGUGCAAAAAGGUCAGAGUGCGAGCGACAGGCGAAAAAAGUUUAUUGCACGGUGCGAAAAGCAAAAAAUUGCACAGUGCAAAAUGAACCUUCCAUUUCGCACAGGGCAUGUCGCCGAACGAAGAUUUGGUGUCUGCACUGUGCAAAAAAAGUCAAGGAGUCCAAAAAGCUUGUUGCACGGUGCGAAAAGCAAAAAAUUGCACAGUGAAAAAUGAACUUUUCAUUUCGCACAGUGCAUGUCGCCGGACUGAUUUUUGACGUCUGCACUGUGCAAAAAAAAGUCUGAGUGCGAGCGACAGCCCAAAAAAGCAUUUGCACGGUGCACAGGGAACUUUUCAUUUUGCACAGUGCAUGUCGCCGGAGACUCAUUUUUGAGGUGAGCACAGUGCAAAAAAGAUCAAGGAGUUCAAAAAGCCUAUUGCACGGUGCAAAAAGCUACAAAUUGCACAGUGCAAACGAAACUUUUCGCUUCGCACAGUGCACGUCGCAAGAAUCACUCCACGGUCUUUGCAAACAUGUAUGUAAAAGGGAACGCUCAGAUCUUCUUCAAAUUUUUCACACAUGAGUGUCAUAGAUUCCUUAUUUAUUCCUGAAAUUUUGGCACACGCUUUUCAGAGCAGCCCAUGGCAAAAAGACUACGCGAAAGCGCGAAGAGCAGAAGGAAAACGCUUUUUCGUUGAACGUAUUUUUUUAAUCAAAAAUUUCAUCAGAAUUGGGCUUCUCCAGUGAGAUACCGGGGUUUAUAACAUUGCUGGUGAUUAUCAUGAUACUUUCUUUCAGCUUCUUCGACAACAUCCACCGGUUUUCGAGCUUGAACUUUGUCCCCACCCAAGAAGACCUCAUCAUGUUGUACGUUCCAACAGUUGGCGUGAAUCAAACCAAUUUGGAAUACAAUAAUCAAGAUUUUUUGUAAGGGCUUAAUUGACUUCAGCAAUUUCUACACCCUUUCUGAUCGCCUCAAACUCAUUAUUAACGCCCCUGUGUUGGGUACCCGGACAACCUGUAGUCAAAGUAGUACAGGUUGGCAAUCCCGCGCAUCCGCCUCGUGUUCGGGCUAAUCAUUUCCUUCAUCUCUUUCCGGCAGAUGAUACUAAUAAAUACUAGUCGCGCCAUAAAGUCCCGACACUUUUGCAGUGUGCGUUUUCUUGGACCGCGACUUCGAUUUUCAUGACGAAAAAGAUCGAUGAAUCUCAAAUUUUUGGAGUUUUAUCAGUCUGUCGGGAAAAUAAUGAGCACAGUGUCGUUGUGCCGGUCCUGUCGCUGAAUUGAAAAGCAAUUUGAUUUUUCCGCGACACAAUUAAUUUUCUCGCCGGCGAUGCGAUUUUCGCUGCGACAGAGGGCUCAUUAUUUUCCCGACAAACUGAUAUACAUGUCAAAUUCUUAGCCAGGGCAUUACAUAAGCCUUUGAAUUUCAGAAUAUACGACUUCUCCGGUCGACUGAUGGAGCGCAAACGAUGGCUCUCCCUAUAUGACACCUUUGACGCGCUCUUCUACUCCAUUGCCAUAUCAGAGUUUGAUCAGCGCUUCGAGGACAGUCAGGGGAAACAUUCCAAGCUGGUCCAUGCGUUGGACCUUUUUGAGCAGGUCUGCAAUGAGGACAAGGUGAAGAACGUCCCGAUCCAUGUGUUUUUGAAUGAAAUCGACAUUUUCGGAGAGAAGUUGGAACGACUGGAGUUGAAGGCCUAUUUCACGGACUAUAAUGGUAAGAAGGGUUGGUAGAAAGACAAAAAUAUCAAUGAGUUUUGUGGUAAAUACGUGGAGGAAGGUUGAGCCUUUUCAAAGCAAAAGAAAAAUGUUUCUGCAAAGCGCGAACAACGGAUCUUUUAUACUACAUCUUGAAAGUUGAAAAAACGUGACAUGUUAUACGAGGAAAUUUUUUUCAAAUUGAAAAAACGAGGUGUGACAUGUUAUACGAUGAAAUUUUUUUCAAAUUGAAAAAAUGAGGCGUGACAUGUUAUACGAUGAAAUUUUUUUCAAAUUGAGAAAUAUUUGUGACAUGUUAUACGAUGGAGAUUUUUUUCAAAUUGAAAAAAUGAGGUGUGACAUGUUAUACGAUGAAUUUUCUUUUUCAAAUUGAGAAAAAUUAUGUGUGUCAUCUUAUACGAUGGAAAUUUUUUUCAAAUUGAAAAAAUGAGGCGUGACAUGUUAUACGAUGAAAUUUUUUUCAAAUUGAAAAAAUGAGGUGUAACAUGUUAUACAAUGGAAAUUUUUUUCAAAUUGAAAAAAUGAGGUGUGACAUGUUACACGAUGAAAGUUUUUUUCAAAUUGAGAAAUAUUUGUGACAUGUUAUCCGAUGAAAUUUUUUUUCAAAUUGCAAAAAUGAGGUGUGACAUGUUAUACGAUGAAAAUUUUUUUCAAAUUCGAAUUGAUUCGAAAUCUUUUUUCAUUUUUCUUCCAUCGAAAACUCGGUCGCAUCGAAAAUUGCAUCGCCGCCGGGAAAAUGACUUGUGUCGCGGAAAAAUUAAAUUGCUUUUCACUUCAGCGACACGAUCGGCUCAGUACUCAUUAUUUUCCCGACAGACUUAGAGCACUUGAAAAGAUAAAACUCAGUCUGUCGGGAAAAUAUUGCGGAUUUGACGCGGCAAAAAUGUCUUGUCGUAGUCGUCUAAAAUGCCUUUUCGAAAGUAAAAAAUUGACAUAAAUGUCAUAGUAUAUCUCAAAUUGGAUCUUUUUCCGUUCAUUUUCUUUAUACACGCAACGAUUUACAGUCUCAUUUGUGAAAAAAAAACACUCCGCCGAAUUCAAGGCGGAUUACGGAAGUCUCCGCCGAUGAAAAAAAAAUCCAUCCUAAAACUCCUAGGGUUGGCUGUAAAAUGCAAAAAAACAUGAAUACUUUUUUUACAGCAUUCUCGGAACAGCCUGUAUAUUGUACAUCAAUUUAUUGCUCUUUUAGGUUCCACCGAAAAAGAAGCGGUCCAAUUCUUUGUCGACUAUUGCCUUGAGAAGUCGAAAAAUCGUCCCGGCAAGGUUUUUGUCUACCCCACCAUCGCAAUAAACACAAAGAAGACGCAGAAGGUGCUCACGGAUAUCUUCAAGAAGCUGUAG